AUGUACCGCACAGUGGUUUUGGCCUUGCUGGCCUUGAGCGUUUCGGCUAGACUUCAUGGCUUGGAGAAGCAGGUCACCAUCAACGACUUGGAAUUCUUCAACAAGUUCCAGAGCUUCGCUGAAACGUAAGUUGGUUUGGCUGUUUUUGAUGUUUCAAGGUUACGAUAAGAUAUGAUUAGGCAUAUCUUGUUGUUUUUUGUUGUUUACCUUUUUGUUUUGGCUUAAAGGUCCUAUUAAUAACACCCAGCACAAUCUUAUCGACCACUUUUCAGCCACCAAAAGACCUAUGCUUCAGUAGAAGAAGCCCGCGAACGCUUCGAAAUCUACAAAGCCAACCACCUCCAACUCCAGGUCUACCAACAAACCGAACAAGGUACCGCCCAGUACGGCGAGACUCAAUUCAUGGACUUGACCCCAGAAGAGUUCCGCUCCCAGGUCCUCUCCAACAUCGCCAAGGACCCAUUGGCCCCACAAAGACGUCUGACCACCGAAGAGAUCGACUCUUUGGUCGGAGCUCCAGAAACCUACGACUCGCGCAGCGAAGGUUUGGUCACUCCAGUCAAGAACCAAGGCAGCUGCGGCUCGUGCUGGUCCUUCUCCGUCACCGGAAACAUUGAAGGUUUGUGGAAGAAGAAGACUGGAGAGCUCGUGAGCUUGUCCGAACAGGAAUUGGUCGACUGUGACAAGAAGGACGAGGGAUGCGACGGCGGCAUGAUGAUGUGGACUUACGCGUAAGUUUUUUAUUGGAUUAGGUUGUUCAAAAAGUAAUGAGCUACUAAUAACUGGGUUUGAAAGACAAGUCUUGAAUUCUUUGUUUUGCAUAAUGUUAGGCAGAUCCAAAUGUAGCGGGAAACUUUUUAAUUGCAAAAUAAAUGAAAACUGUCCCGCUACUUUUGGUUCAAUCUAAUAUUUCAAAAAAGCUCUUUAAUACAAUAUUUUAUAUAUAAAAGGAACUGAAAAGUAAGAAAACAGUGAUUUUACAUAUUACCUUACAGUGAAAUCAUCCGUCUCGGAGGAUUGGUCACCGAAGAAGACUACCCAUACACCGCCCGCGGAGGAGCCUGCAAGUUGGAAGGCAAACAAUUCGCCGCCUACAUCAACGACUCGCUCCAACUGCCAGAGAACGAAGACAAGAUCAAGGAGUACUUGGCCAAGUCCGGCCCAAUCUCCGUUGGAAUCAACGCCAACCCCCUCCAAUUCUACUACGGCGGUAUCCACCACCCAGCCAAGUUCUUCUGCAACCCCAAGGGCAUGAACCACGCCGUCCUGUUGGUCGGUUACGGAAGCGAGAACGGAAAGCCAUUCUGGAUCGUCAAGAACUCAUGGGGAGGCAGCUGGGGUGAGAAGGGAUACUUCCGUCUCUACCGUGGUGAGAACGUCUGUGGUGUUGCUGGCUACGCCACCACUGCCAUCAUCAACUAA